GGAGAACAUAGCUUCUUAGAAGGCUGCCAUGAUGAUGAUGCAAUAAUAACAUCAAAAUGGAGAGCAGUCGUCUGAACAACAAUGGGUUAAGACAAUAUUCUCCCACAUCCCCGCCUCUUCCACUCACUCACGUCUUUCCACUGACGGAAGACAAAACGAACACGCCUUCCCUUCGUCAACUCCCACCGUCAGAUAUGGCGGCCGCCGUAGUUUGCCGGCCACACCUCCUCCUCCUCCUCACUGUCGUAUCCUUCCUCCUCCUACUCUCUUCCGCCGCCGCCGACGAGCUCCACUCCCUCCUAUCCAUCAAGUCUGCCCUUCAAACCACCGACACCAACGUAUUCAACACCUGGACCGCCGACAACUCUCCCUGCAACUUCACCGGAGUUACAUGUAAUUCUCUCGGCUCCGUCGCGGAAAUCGACCUUUCCCUUCAAAACCUCUCUGGGUCUGUCCCCUUUGGUUCUAUUUGCGCUCUCAACUCGUUGGAGAAGCUCUCGCUCGGGUACAACUCACUCUCCGGCGAAGUCUCAGGCGACUUGAAUAAGUGCGUCGGAUUGAAAUACUUAGACCUAGGCAACAAUUCCUUCACCGGGUCGAUUCCGGAGAUCCCGUUUCUCAAUCAGAUGACUUAUCUGUACAUGAAUCGCAGUGGGUUUUCUGGAAAAAUCCCGUGGAGCUCUCUGGAGAACAUGACUGAGCUGGAGGUUCUUAGCCUGGGCGACAAUGGGUUCGACAGUUCUCCGGUGCCGGACGGGAUUCGGAAACUUACAAAGUUGAAUGUGCUCUACCUAUCGAAUUGUAGUCUCGUAGGCGAGAUCCCAGCAGGGAUUGGGGAUCUCACGGAGCUAAUAAGCUUAGAGCUAUCUAUGAAUAAUCUUACCGGAGAAAUUCCUCUCGGUAUUUCAAACCUCCGGAAACUCCGGGAACUCGAGCUUUAUUCCAAUAGUCUCACCGGGAAGUUGCCCGUCGGCUUUGGGAAUCUCUCAAACCUGGAACUCUUUGAUGCUUCAUCUAAUAAACUUUCUGGGGAUCUUUCUGAAAUCAGGAGCUUGAAUAAGCUGGUCAGCCUGCAGGUUUUCGAGAACAGAUUUUCCGGCGAAGUUCCGGCGGAGAUGGGGGAGUUCAAGAAUCUGAUAAACUUGUCACUUUACACUAACCAGUUCACCGGACAACUACCUCCAAAGCUUGGUUCAUGGUCAGAGUUCAAUUUCAUUGACGUGUCUGAGAAUUUCUUCACCGGUCCUAUUCCACCGGAGAUGUGCAAACGGGGGAAGAUGGUGAAGCUCUUGAUUCUUCAGAACAACUUCACCGGAGAAAUCCCAGAAAGCUACAGUAACUGUACCACUCUGAAGCGUUUCCGGGUGAGCAAGAAUUCACUUUCCGGUCCAAUUCCUAGCGGAAUUUGGGGUCUGCCCAAUCUUGAUAUAUUAGAUCUCUGUGACAACGGAUUCGAAGGAUCUAUAACUUCAGACAUCGGAAAUGCUAAGACUUUGGGGCAGUUGUUUCUGGAUAAUAACAAACUCUCCGGCUAUCUGCCACCAGAAAUAUCGGGUGCUUCCGCCUUAGUGUCGAUUAAAUUAAGCAAUAAUCAGUUCUCAGGCGAAAUCCCGCAAACUAUAGGAGAUCUUAAACAGCUAGGUACUCUUCAUUUAACCAAUAACAAAUUCUCAGGCUCAAUUCCAUAUUCAUUAGGCUCUUGUGUGUCCCUCAGUGAUUUAAAUUUAGCUUACAAUUCUCUUACCGGGAAUAUUCCGGCGACCAUCGGCUCAUUAUCGACUUUGACAUCCCUGAAUGUAUCUGGAAAUAGACUCUCUGGUCAAAUCCCACAGAUGUUAUCAUCCUUAAAGCUCAAUGUGAUCGACCUAUCCAAUAAUCAACUCACAGGCCCCAUCCCGGAGUCUCUUUUUGUUGAGGCUGAUAAUGGCAGCUUCACAGGAAACAACGGCCUUUGUAGCCAAAAUAAAAUGAAGUUUUUUCGGCGGUGUUCAAGGGAUUUCAGAAAAUCCCAUGAUCCUCGCACUCUUUUGCUUUGUUUGGUGGCACUUACAAUGGCUAUAGUAAUUAUUUCCUUGGCAUUUAUCUUCUAUCUUAAGAAAGGUAGUACAAGGAAGUCUCACCGCGAGCGGUCAUGGAAGGAAGAUGCUUGGGAUGUGAAAUCUUUCCGUUUGUUGAGCUUCACGGAAGACGAAAUCCUUGACGCGGUCAAACAAGAAAAUUUGAUUGGCAAAGGUGGGUCUGGGAGCGUAUACAAAGUGGUCUUGAGAAACGGUAAAGAAUUGGCCGUGAAACACAUUUGGAAUUCCGACAGCAUUGGACGGAGAAUGGUUGGUGGCUCCGCAACGCCUAUUUUGGGGAAAAGUGGGUCGAAGUCGAAACAAUUCGAGGCCGAGGUUCAAACUCUUAGCUCAAUAAGGCAUGUGAAUGUUGUGAAGUUGUAUUGCAGUAUUACAAGUGAGGACUCCAGCUUGCUGGUUUAUGAGUAUAUGCCAAAUGGAAGUUUAUGGAACCGGUUGCACAAUUGUCAAAAGGCAGAAUUUGGUUGGGAGACAAGGUAUGAGGUUGCGGUUGGAGCUGCAAAGGGAUUGGAGUAUCUACAUCACUGCUGUGACCGUCCGGUAAUUCAUCGGGAUGUAAAGUCGAGCAACAUUUUAUUGGACGAGGAUUUCAAGCCGAGGAUUGCAGACUUUGGUCUUGCCAAGAUUGUGCAACCCUAUUCUUGCAAAGAUUCAACUCAAGUCAUUACUGGGACUUAUGGGUACAUUGCCCCUGAAUAUGGAUAUACCCACAAAGUGAACGAGAAGAGCGAUGUGUAUAGCUUCGGAGUGGUGCUAAUGGAACUGGUAUCGGGGAAACAGGCGAUAGAACCAGCAGUGUAUGGUGACAACAAUGACAUUGUGAGUUGGGUGAGCAACAAAAUGAAGAAGGAAGAGAGUUUGGAGAGCAUAGUUGAUUCAAGUAUCCAAGCAGCUCACAGAGAAGAUGCAGUCCAAGUCCUAAAGAUAGCCAUUAUGUGCACUGCUAGGCUGCCUAGUCUAAGGCCAAGUAUGAGGAGUGUAGUUAAAAUGCUAGAAGAUGUAGAGCUUUGCAGGUUGUCAGGGAUUAUAAUAGGCAAUGGUGGCAGCAAGUUGGAGUCUGCAUAAAUAUUUAUGCAAUCUGAUGACUAGUUGAGGAUGGACUAUCCAAUGUGAUAUAGCAUCCAUAAAAGUGUAAUGUUUUUUUACUAAAACCAUAAAAUUUUGGAUCAUGUAACAUAGCAACCAUAAAAUAAUGGAUCUUGUAACAUAGAAACCAUAAAAAUGAUGGAUCUUGUAAAAAAACUCUUGUUUUAGAACUCUUUUUGUCAUGAUUCUGGUAAAGUCAUUGAGAUAAUUCCCC